CCGCCAUGGCUCCCCACGACGAUACCUACCACCCGAAGGACACGCUUGCGAACACGGCGAACACAACCCUGCAGCUGUCCAUCGCUGGCGCCGUCGUUGCGGGUGUGCAGAACACGCUCCGGAAGCAGAAUGUUGGUGCCAUGGGCAUUGUUACCCGCUCGGGCGGCAUAAUUGCACUCUUCGCGGGCGUGGGAGCCUUGUAUCAAUUCACAAAGGACGCAACCUCGAACCUGCGGGAGAAGGACGACACCUACGGCGAGUUCCUCGCAGGAUUCAUGGGCGGCACCGCAGUCGGCGUCUACAGGGGAAAUACGCCAAUGAUCCUCGGGGCGGGCGCUGGGUUCGGCGUUGCCUGCGCUGCCUUCAGAUAUACCAACGGCCUGAGCGGCUACGCGAUCAAGGAGGAUGAUGAGGACGAGGUCGCCCGGAAAGAGGAGAUGCGCAAGUUGCGCCGGAGACCUCUCCAGGAGACCCUCGAGCAGCUUGGCGAGGGUCGAGGCAUCUACGGCCCCGGCUACGAGGAGCGGAGGCGUGAGCGGUUACUGGCCAAGUACGGUAUCGACGUGAAGGCAGCACAGGAAUAGUUCCAGUCGAAGAACGAGGACCCCACGGCCAGCCUUUGAGCGCAGGCGUGUACAUAUAUAUUUUAUUGGACCUGCUACCAAGGCGUGCUUUCUUUUGUCCUGCAGCCGUCCCAUGCCCGUGUUUUCCGCUCACUGCCCUACAUGUUGAGACUAUUAUCAUCAUUU